AUGGCCCCACACGGCCCUCUCGCUCGACCGACCACACUGCGGGCAGUUAACCAGGGGCCAGUGCGGCCAUACGGGCUGGCGUGGGCGUUUCCGGGGUGGCGGCCGCACGAUCAAUCCUGGCCGUACUGCGCGCUGCUCCAGGAUCGUAGCACCGGCCGAUUCUGCAAGCCCAGCACUUUCAGGUGUGGAUAUCAGAACGGAAACUUCCAGCUGAAUGUCUCGGGCCGUUGCAGGGGCGAUUUCUUCUGCGGAGACGCGCAGAUACCCUGCGGGUCCUACAAGUCCGAGAGAAUGACCUGCGACUGUCUGGGGAAUUUCCAGAGCAUAGAUUACCGCAACCUGCGAUGCUCUGGCCGACCAGCCGACGGCGUGCAGCGUUUGCCAAAACCCCUGCAGUGGAAAUUAGUGUUGGUCGCCGUCGUUCGUGACGAGUUCGACUAUCUGCCCGAUUGGGUUCUCUACCACAGAGCCCUGGGCGUCCACGCGUUUGUGCUAGUGUCGAAUCAGUGCAGCAACGCCUCCCACCAACGCUUGCUAGACACCGUCGACGGCCCUAAGCAGCGAGGCGUGCUAGUUGAAGUCAUGCCAAGCUUCCGAUGUGCAAAGAAAUUCCAGACCGCCGCUUAUCGAGCCGCCAUUCGGCACCUCUCGCUGCGCCAACAGCAACACCGCCUAUCGCUGGUCGCCCACCGGACACGCGUCGGCUUCAUAGACAUAGACGAGUUCCUCGUUAUCGGAUCGCAGCCCAACUCUUUCAGCAGUCGAACUCUUUCAGACCAGCUCUUUCAGCCCGGCAUGGGCUGUGCCACGCGCAACGGAAAUUGCGUCGCCCCCCAAGCCUGUCAGGCUGCUCCCAUGUGGACCGUGGGCUCGGUUGUCUUUGGAACCUCCUUUGUCGCACUUGCUCCUGAAAUUGGCCCGGUCCCCGCCAACUUUUUGCUCGCAGCUCAGGACACCUGCGACCGCAACUGCACGGGGCCAGACAUAGUCGCGCUGUCCCAGCGCUCGAUGCACAAGUCGUUCUGCAUCCUGAGCGAGCUAAUUGCGCGCCCGAAUCAAACAUUCCCACUAGGAUUGGGAAGCUGGGUGCACGAGUGCCUGCCGACAGCGCUCGGAGUCGCCCUGCCCGGCGCCGACGCGCGCCUCAAUCACUACUUCACCAAGAGCCGCAGCGAAUAUCGUAAGAAGCGGUGGCGGGGCCGGGCAGACAAGCCCAAGAGCUGGUAUGCAGAUUUGAGAAAUGAGUCGCUUUGGUCUGCGCGCGUGGACCUUCGCCUGGUAGAACAACUUGCACUACGGUACCAACACUCUAGCGGCCGAGAGGAGAAAAUGCUGCUGCACUCCCUGAUGCAGAGUCUACGGAAUCGGUCCGCGCUCCCUGAAAGAGCGGCGGCCAUGCUGUCUGCACACUGCAUAGCCACCAAAAGCGUGGCGUGCACGUGGCUGGGCGUGGGUCACGCUGAGUCCUGA